GUACUUGUUGGAGUACACAUAUACUUUUUAACAUAUAAAAUUUCUAUCAAUUUUUUUAUUUACAUUUGCUUAUUGAGUUUUUCUUAAGUAUAAAUUAAAUAAAAACAGAUUUAGUUUGGGCAUUAUUCAUUACGCUGCUUCGGCUGUUUGAUAAAUUUUGUUUGUAUGCUAUAGUAGAGUCCCAUGCUAAAUUGAAUGUGAUCAAUAUUUAGUAUUUAAAGGUACCUAGCACAAAAAAAUAUUAGUGUACGAUAAAAAAAAAACAAUAAAACGAUAGAGAAUUUACAGGAUAAAUUACAUAUAGACUUCAGUAAUUUAAUUAUUGAACAAAUGAAUUGAAAACAAAUGUCUCCAGUUUAUACAAACCACCAAUUAUAUUUGUUUACAAUAUAUUUAAGCUUUAGCUAAGAAAUCUGUAAUUUGUAAAUAACAACAUAUCACAUUGAAUUUAAUGAUUACAUAAUUUAUAAAGACCACUUAGCCUCAUACUCACGUAAUAUAAUAAAAACUAAAAAAUUUAUGUAUAUUCGUAAUCUACACUGUUGUUGCGAAACAGCUGGCCGUCUUUAUGCAAUAUACGAAGUAGGUAUACAUGUACUAGCUAAACAAGGGGCCGAGGACAAAGGAAAUCGAUGCAAGCCUUCAUCUGUAUUCUAUCAGUGAACCACAAAUUAAAAACGCAAUAAUAUUAAAUUAUAGUAAUUUUCAUUAUCUAAUCUUACCUUUUUAGGGGAAAUAACAUUAAAUUAACUCCAUUUCACGAAAAAAAUGCAACUGCGUCGUUACUACUGGCAGUCAAAAACAAUGACGUCACGAGAAUUAAAACAAAAAAUAAAAAAAUAACACUUUCACGCGCUCCUAAUCAUAAAAUUUUAAUAUCUUCACACUCUUCAAUAAAUAAAUUGAGAAUAAAUUAAAAUUAUAUACAAAAUAUAUACAACUAUUCACGAAACAGAUGACUUGAAUGACAAUAACUUGAAUACCUACUAUUCGUUUGCGUGUUUAUUUUCUGUAAAAUGAAUGUGUGCGUUGAAUUUGUAAAUGUGAUAGUACAAAAUGUAAACGUGUGCGUGUGCUAUACCGUUCAAAACAAAAGCGCCAACUCCACAAAGUUAUCGGUGGGUUUAUCAUGCUGUGAUGUUUAUUUAUUUUAAUAAAUAGUUUCUUAUUCCUGUUAUUUGGGAUAACAAAAUUUAUAAAAACAAUGGUCUAAAAAUUCCCCAAAUAAGCGAUUUUAUAAAAGUGAAUAGAGAAUUAUUUUAUAAUGGACUUCCUUCAAUAUUAGUUUUUGAACAUUCAAAGUAAUUUCAGUCUACGAAAAUGUUAACCAUUAACAAAUUAAACUUCAAUAACCAUUCGAACCUUGUUAACAUAUUGUUAGUAAUAAUUUUGGGAAAAAUUAAUCUCAGCAAUACAGAAAAACAAAAUGUUUUAUUUAUUUGUGUGGAUGAUUUACGACAUCUAGCGGAAACAGAUGUCUUACUGCCAAAUUUAAUGAAAAUAGCGGCAAAAAGUAUCAAUUUCAAAAAUGCCUUUGCACAGCAAGCACUGUGCGCUCCCAGUCGUAAUUCAAUUUUAACUGGACGCCGACCCGAUUCAUUGCGGUUGUACGAUUUUUAUAGUUAUUGGAGGCAAACAGUAGGAAAUUUUACAACAUUUCCACAGUUUUUUAAAGAAAAUGGGUACGAGACAUUCUCUAUUGGCAAAAUUUUUCAUCCCGGCUCAAGUUCUAAUUUUAGUGACGACUACCCAUACAGUUGGUCGUUUGAACCAUAUCAUCCUUCAACUGAAAUAUACAAAGACGCACCUGUUUGUGAAGACCCGUUUACCAACAAACUUCAAAGUGACCUUAUAUGCCCAGUCUCGCUAAAAGAACAACCAGGGCAAACUUUGCCAGAUUUACAGUCUCUCGAAUAUGCCAUAAAUGUAGUAAAGCGUAGAAGCAACAAACCUUUUUUAUUAGCAGUAGGAUUUCAUAAACCACAUUUGCCUUUGAAAUUUCCCAGGAGAUAUUUAGAUAAAGUCCCGUUGAAUGAAGUGAAUCUUCCAAGAUUUCCUUAUAUGCCAGAUGACUUACCGUUAGUAGCAUGGCAUCCUUGGACCGAUGUACGCAAAAGAGAUGACAUAAAACGAUUAAACAUAUCGUUCCCAUUUGGCGAAAUGCCUCAAAGGUGGACUUUGAAAAUAAGACGAAGUUACUAUGCAGCAGCGCUUUAUGUCGACGAUUUGAUUGGACAGUUAAUGAGUUAUGUGAAUCUAAACAACACUAUAGUGAUCCUUACUAGUGAUCAUGGAUGGUCAUUAGGCGAAAAUGGUCUUUGGGCAAAAUACAGUAACUUCGACGUAGCACUAAAAGUACCUUUAUUAUUUUUAGUCCCAGGUUAUCAGGGAAGAUCUGUGUCAACACCUGUAGAAUUGGUGGACAUUUUUCCUACACUACUAGAUUUAACUGGACUAUCAAAAAAUAUACCUAACUGUAAUCACAAUGAUAAUUCUACCUUGUGCUACGAUGGUGAAUCGCUAAAACCUUUGAUGAAAUCUGAUACAACACAUCGCCGCGAUAAUAAGUAUGCCAUCAGUCAAUAUCCAAGGCCAAGUGUAUAUCCAAAAUCGGACACUGAUAAGCCACGCCUAAAAGACAUAACAAUAAUGGGUUACAGUCUAAGGACAAAUAGAUACAGAUAUACAGAAUGGAUAUCGUUUAAUAAUACACAAUUUACAAAAAAUUGGAAGUUAUUAUAUGGAUUGGAAUUGUAUGAUCAUCAAAAAGAUCCGGACGAGGCGAAUAAUUUGUAUUUAGCACCAAAAUAUAAAAACACUGUGAAGAAACUAUCAAUGAUCUUAAGAUCUAAAGUUGGUGUAUAGUCUAUCACAUUGAAAACGUGUUGGAAAAUGGAACCAUAAAAGUAAUAUGAACUCUUGUAACACACAGAAAUAUUAUUUUUCAAAUUUACCUUCUGCAAUGUAGGUAUAUUACUUAACAAAAACAAAUUCAUAAUAUGUUAAAGUAUUAUAUCAUAAUAUCGAAUUUAAUAUUUUGU